AUGCCUGAACUAGUACCUACCGAUGCUCAAGACGCAGAACUUAUUCAACAUAUCUUCUUCGGUAAAUUGGAUAAUCUACCGAAUCUUACUUCAAAAAUUGUCCGAAUCUUUACAUCAUCCACAUUUACAGAUACAAGUAUGGAACGCAACUCACUAAUGCAGCAUACAUAUCCAAAACUAAAAGAGUUUUGCCGAGAGAAGCAUGGCCUAGAAUUUCAAGUUGUAGAUAUGCGUUGGGGUGUGCGUGAUGAAGCAACAGAUGAUCAUAAAACAACCGAACUAUGUAUGCAGGAAAUUGAUAAUUGUCAACGUGUUUCUGUUGGACCAAAUUUUGUGGUAUUUCUCGGUCAAAAAUAUGGCUAUCGACCGUUACCAACGAAAAUCGAAGGGGCUGAAUUUGCUCUGAUUUUGUCCGUUUCGAAUCCAGUCGAUGCAAGAUUACUUAAACAAUGGUAUAAACUUGAUUCGAAUAAUAUUCCAAAUCUAUACUGUUUACAACCCGUCAGUUCGAUAUUUACUAAUUUCACAAAUAAAGCGCAUCCGCGUCUAAUGGAGGAAGAUCAAAGUCAAUGGUGGGAAACCAUGGGUAAACUGAAUCGAGCUGUACGUAGUGCUGCUUUCGAACUUUUGAAAAAAGGCGACUUUUCCGCACAGGACAAUCAUCGAUACAAUUGGUCAGUAACUGAACAAGAAGUUGUUCGUGGCAUUCUGAAUGCUAAAGACACAGUGGAUCAUACAUUAGCCUUCUUCCGCCAUAUUGAAAAUAUUAACGUUGCUUUACUGCGUCAUUCGAUGAAAUUUAUCGAUAUCGCAUCGAAGCAAAUUGAUGAAGAAGCACAAACUAUGCUAUCGGAUUUACGUGAUGUUCGCGUGCCAGCGACGUUACCAGCAAGUAGUAUCAUCCGCUAUACAGUUCAAUGGUCGGAUGAAGAUGGUUUAAAUAAGAAUGUGCAUGCAGAUUAUUUGCAAGAUUUCAUUGACACAUUCUAUCGACGAAUUGUCGAAUUGAUCGACCGUGGUGUUGGUCAACAAAAAAGUCUAGCUUCCAAUCGAGUUUACACGGAAAUCCUUCAACAACUUCAUGUUGUAAAUAACUUCAGUCAAGAUUUUCAAGGACGUUCGGACAUUCUCGAACGUGUUCGGCACUAUGUGCAAGGUUCUUCGAAACAACCGGUAGUUCUCUGGGGUGAGGGCGGUUGUGGUAAAUCGAGUAUGUUAGCAAAAAUCGCGUCCGAAUCGACUUCAUGGUUCUUAUCAAAAACUUGUACACCAGUACGGCUCGUUCGAUUUCUCGGUACUACGCCAGAUAGUUCAUCGAUUGGACCAUUGCUGCGUAGUGUUUGUCAACAAUUAAGCUAUGUAUAUCAAGUACCAGAUAAUACAAUUCCGGUUGAAUUAUCUCAAUUAACCAAUCACUUCAAGCGUCUAUUAGAAAAAGCAACUGUCGACAAACCUUUAUGUAUCUUCUUCGAUUCCUUAGAUCAACUAUCGUCUGCUGAUGGCGCACAUUCGAUGUCUUGGCUGCCUCCAACUCUACCUAAUCAUGUCAAACUGAUUGUUUCAACAUUACCUGGAAUAUUCAAUAUAUUAAAUACACUUCGGAAUCUGAUCGAUAGUCGAGAAAACUUUGUUCAAAUUAAACCAUUAGGAGAGGAAUUGGGAAAAACAGUUCUCAAAGCAUGGCUAGCUCGUCAACAUCGAACGAUCACCGAUGUACAAUGGUCGUUAGUUCAUGAAAGACUUGCCGAAUGUAAUAUUCCUUUAUAUGUCAAACUAGUGUUUGAUGAGAUCAAAUUAUGGAAAUCAUAUACAAAAACCGAAGAAAAAGAUUUAGCAAAAUCAGUUUCAACUUCAAUCAAUAAACUGCUUGGCCGAAUAGAGAAUGCACAUGGACAUAUUUUAGUUGGACAUGCGUUAUCUUAUAUCACCGCCUCGAAAUCUGGCUUAAGCGAAGCAGAACUAGAAGAUCUGAUAUCACUCGACGAAACAGUUUUGAAUGAUGUUUACCAAUACCAUCUACCACCUAUACGACGGAUUCCACCGCUAUUAUGGACUCGAAUUCGAAAUGAUCUACCGAAUUAUCUAGUCGAAAGAGAAGCUGAAGGUGUUAGUGUUGUAAGUUGGUAUCAUCGACAAUUUGCGGAAGUCUCACAUGAACGUUACUUAGCCAAUCCAGAAGAGCGUCGUACAUACCAUUCACAAAUGGCUGAUUAUUUUCUUGGCAUCUGGGCUAGUCGUCCGAAGCCGUUUCAGUUUUCUGAUCAACAGAAGCGUAUGUUCAAUCUAACAUCAACUGACGGUGAAGCUGAUCGUAAAGUGCCCGCUCAACCUCUGAUAUUCGCAGCAACAAAUGCGUCGGCAACUACUAAUACCUCGACAGUUCGUUACAAUUUACGUAAACUAAGUGAACUGCCAUUUCAAUUAAUCCGCGCACAACGCGUCGAUGAUCUCUAUACUCAUGUACUAUUUAAUUAUGACUUCAUUCAUGCAAAACUAUCAUGUAUGCCGUUGAAUUUAUGCAUUUUCGAUUAUGAAAGUGCCUUAGAAGAUGCCUAUGAGAAAGAAGUUAAAUUAAUGAGUGACGCACUUCGAUUAUCCAGUUCAGUUUUAGCUGCUGAUCCAAACAAUCUAGCUUGUCAAAUCAUUGGUCGUCUAUUACCAUUCUAUACGACAUGUCGAAAAAUUGCGUCAUUCAUUGAUCAAUGCGAAAGCACUGGUCUGCAAGUGAUGGGUCUCGUGCCAGCAUAUAAUACGUUAGCAUCACCUGGCGGGCCACUUGUCUACUCAUUAGAAGCGCAUCAAUUUGCUGUUUAUGGUCUCGAGGUAGUGUCUGCCGGUCAACAUCUUCUGACAGUGUCGAAUAAAUUCAUUGUAUUCGAUCUAUCAAGCGGUGAUAUCGUACGAAUUAUUGACCCAAAAAUUGAGGGGAUUAUGACAUUCUUGUCAGUUGCACCUGAUCAACGAUAUUGUGUCACGACUACCAUCAGUAAUCAGUAUAUAAUUUGUAAUCUUUUAACUGGAGAAUUUAUUCUACGCGACUUCCAAACUGGAGGCAGCACGACAAAGUCCACGAAUAAAACUAGCGGACAACCAAGUGAUCCACUGUUAGGUGCGGCUGCUAAUAAUACUCAUUUUGCGAUUUGGUCGGCGAAAAUGUAUCAAGUGUACAAAAAUACAGGAGAAUUACUUACAACGCAAACAACGCGUUUUCAAAUUAUUCAAAUCGAAGUAUUGGACGGUCCAGAGGUCGAAAUAGUCUGUCGAUCGGAAGAUGUCAAAGACGAUCAAGAUGUUGUUCGUGAUCGUAUGAUCAUCGAUUAUUCUUUUGUUCCACCUAUCGACUAUUCAGCAGAUCCCAUAGAUAAUAGUGAAAAUAAUCCACCGCGUUGUUUGACCGGUGGAAGAAAAAAUAUCCAUAGCGCAUUGGUAUUAACACGAGAUAAACGACGAAUGUAUACAUGUUGCGAAAUUAAUGAUAACAACGUUGAAAUGUAUUUGAACAAACCUCAUCCAGUGAAUUUUACAACUCAACGUGUAUGGGCAUUUGAUCAUCAGUUAUAUGAGAAUAAGGAUCGAGUAUUUUCAUUCAUUUUAAGUAAUGACGAAAAUUAUCUCAUGGCCGUAGUAUUCAAAGGUUUCAAAAUCUUUUCAUUCCGUUCCUAUCUCUGGAAAACAUGUCUUCUACCUGGAAGUGUACGAAAUAUCAUGAGUGGAACAAAACGUUUAACCUAUACCGCUGCAUUCUCUCAUGAUAAUCGUUAUUGUAUAGCAUGUGUUAAAUCAACGGUUUAUAUAUUUGAAAUCGAAUGGGGUGAUUUAAUUGCAUCAUUCGAUUCUCAUUUUGGUCGUAUACUUGUUUUGAAAUGCUUGUCAACUGCUACGGGUGGAAAUAACUAUAUCAUCACCACUGGUAUGGACAAAACAACGAAAGUAUGGAAUCUGCAGAAUGCUCGAGAAAAAUCGAUCACGAUCGCGCAAUUAGAUAAAACUAUUGAAAUGAUGCAUAUAUCAACAGAAACACAAAUGAUUCUUGCUCAAACGCGUACACAAUUUUGCUUAUUCGACAUGAGAAAUGGAGCGAUUCUUGGACAAUUAUCUGCAAAUCCACAUGGAUCAAUCUAUCAGUGUACGACUAUGUGCACAAACGGCUUAUUUGCAGCAUCAGCUGAGUCGGGCAAUCUUGUGUUAUGGGAUAUUGAGGAACGAAAGCCAAGUUUCGUCACGCCGCUUAAAAAUAUCUUUCAACUUCUUCUACAUACAGCUGAAACAAUGGUGUUAGUUGUAACUUGUGAAGCAGCGGUAGCCGCUGUUCCUAGUGCAUCGAGCAAUGCACCUGCAAGCAACGCUUAUCUUGGUCAAACCGUUCGAGCUACUUCAUAUGCAUUACCAGAUGGUGACAUUGUCUAUGAAAUACUAUCGAAUAUCAAACGUAUGAAUCAACCGAAGAAAAUUGUAUGUACUGCUGAUGAUAUGUAUCUCGUGUGUAUCGAAGAGAAAAAAAAUACCGAAGUUUUGGCAUUGUACGAUCCAAUGACAGGAGAACAUGUUUCUAACAUGAAACUGAAUUAUCCAGCCUAUAAGGAUAUUACAUCAAUGGUAGCCAUUCCGAAACAACCAUAUCUUAUUGGCUUGAUUGAUGGUGAAAAAGGAGUAGUGAUGAAUCUUCGAGAUAAAAAGGUUCAUAUUACUUUACCGAAAUGGGGUGGUCAGAUCUCUGCGGACGGUAAAUUCGGCCUCUUUGCACCAACACGCGGUGGUCUCGAAAUAUUCGAUUUUCGUAAUGGUAAAGUUGUUCGUACAUUAAUCGGCAAAGUCGCUGAAGGUGUCUUCGAUGUGAUUACAUUUUUUACUCCAACUAACCAACACGUUAUCUAUUACAACAAAGGCAAACGCACGAUUCGCGUAUUUCGCUCCAUCGAUGGUCGACAAAUAGCUGAUAUGAAAUGUCCAGCUAAAGUUCGACAGGCAUACGCAACACAUGAUGGACGAGCUCUCAUUGUUGGAUACGAAGAUGGAGUUAUACAAACGUUCUUAAUCGUUGAUCCUUAUGAAACAUCGACUAUCGCUCAUUUGAAACACUGGAGACAACAGCAAUUUGGUGCGGAACUGGAAGCUAUGCAGCAGGAACUCGCGGAAAAACAAUCUGAGCAAACAGCAACUUAA